AAGCUUGAGGACCCUGCAUGGUAGUUGAUAUCUUACCGCGGCGCGACGGAAUCUAAGCGCUGGAUAUUGGGUAGCCUGGUCGCUAAAUCUUGCCUAGUGAAUCCCCUAUUUUCCGAUAGACCUUCAACCACACGGUUGCCAUCGAAUCCAGCAUCCAGGCUAACCUCCUGCAAAUCACGAUUUCUCUAAGUGCUGAUGUUUUAGAGCAAUGGUGGUGGUAUACCGAUAUAUUCGCAGCAAGAUGGAAUUAUCUACAUGCCACCCCUCCCCUCCACAUGGAGGAAGUUCGGAUUCCAAAUCAAACGGCGCCCAGGAAGCGGGUACUCCACUGAAUCCACCGACAAAGGCGCUGGUCCAAGAAGACCGCCCAAAACCAAAACGACAACGAGCUUUGAAGGCUUGUGUCGUAUGCCGACGACGAAAGGCUCGUAAGAGAAGAUCCGAUGGAGUUUGGCCUCGUCGUCCUUCUAAAACUCAAAAUCUCAGCGACAACACAAAUAUUGAUACAAGAGCCUUCGACAAUGCUGUAACAUUGUAUGGCCCAGCCAACGCUUGUUCCUAUCAGAGUCUCGGAGCCCCAGUUUCGAACCUCAUAGCUGAUACUGAAAAGGGAUAUUCGAUGCACGAGUUAAAAAUGGUAGACCCUCUACAGCCGGUGAAUUUCACCACUUUUAGCGACUAUGUCCUAGCUAUGUCGGUCGAGAUGCUACAUUUAGAAGAGCAUGGGUUUUUAAUCGCAACAGCAGUCGUUAUUGUCCUCCAAGAAACGCGCGUCCAACGCCUUCUACUCCAAAGCCAAAACCCAACAAUAAGUGGAAGAGCAUAUGCACGGCUGCGGGAAUGCAGAGAAACGAUUAAACGGCAAAAAGCCCGCCAGAGCCAACGUGGCAUCACAACUCAAUUGUUGGAUAGUGUCUUGAACGCAAGACGUUGGUUUAAAGGACUUCGAUUUGUUAGCACGUCUAUGAAUCACCCCCCUUUAAACUUAGCUACGAUAGUGAAGGGAAACGGAAAUUGAUGUUCUAUUUGCUCGUUACAAUUAUAGGGCGUAGCGUGCUGAAACCCACCGAAACUACAAGGCAUAUCUUUUAUAAUCGCGAGCUGAGCUGGCCUUGCUGCAUUAAGCUCAAAGUUAAACUUAAGGUUAGAGUUGCUACUCAAAAUAUAAGGUUAACAGGACUACAUUUUGGUGGAAUCUAGUGCCUAGGUACAUGUACACCGUGAUGUUUCUAGCAAUUGGUUAC